AUGAGCGGCAGUCUCGUCAUCUCCAGAAUCCCACAAAAAAUCUCUGGAGACCUACCCUCCAAUAUCCGUUACCACCGCACCACCGAGACCCAUGGCUUCGGAUACGUUCUCGCUCAAACUCGCUUCAUUACUCCCUACGAAGCUGCCUUCCCAAACGAGUCCAUGUCCUCUGGUCAAGCCUUACUGUACCACAUCGGAAAGCUGAAAGUUAUUGUUGCAAUCUUCCCAGGGCCCUCGAAUCCUACUAUUGUUGCGAAACAGAUCGCUGGUAUCGAUAACUACACGAAUGGACGCAUUCCUUUGACCUUUUCGUGCUUGGGCACAGCAAACGGUACCUUUGGUGGGGACUUCUAUCAAUUUAGGAACUAUCCUUUGAGGGGUCUUAACGAGUUAAAGCCGAGUGCCCUGCACACCCGGAAGCCGAACCUUCAUGAGGCUACUACAGACAUUAAAGAGAGAACGAAGAAGUUCCGUCGCGAGAACGAGGUUAGGUUUGUGGUGAAUGCGUUCGUAAUUGUGCGCGACUCCAAAGAAGAAGCGAAUCGCUUCCUCCAGGAAAUUCAAGGAAAAGCGGACGAAGAAGCCACUGAUGCAUUUAGAGAUGCAGUGCACCAAGCAGGUGCCAAUACUGCGAAUAAGAAAGGUAUAUUCAAGACGACGUUGAAAAGGACAAAAGAUCAAAUUGCAGAAAGAAUCUCGUUGUUGAAGAGGCUAGGCGUGAGCCUCAUUUUGACGCUGUUCUUGCAUUAUGACAGGAGAUUGAGAGGUUCAGGAAGGAUGUUCUUCCAUUAUUGAGGAAGCUGGAAUCGGAAAGAAGGGGAAAGAUUGUAGACCGUGAAA